GUGUACAAUAGAAUCUCCUUUCGAAAUAAUGUUCGGCGAGAACUCAAGCACAGUAGUGUUAGCAAUAAAACGGCCCCGUUUUAUAUUCAUUUCCUGGACGUGCUGCUCUUUGUUGCCCUAAGGACUUUUUCCCCUGUUCUUCUGCACCGGCGCCGCCGCCUCCUCCGCCGUUCAUCGUCGUCGGCACCAAGUUUCUUCCAAGUUUAAGUCCAUAUUAGCAAACCUUUUUCUUUACAGAAAGAAGUCAGAUACUUAAACGUCCUUCCCAUAUGGAUCCAGAGGCUGCACGCACGGCCCGGGAAUCCCUGGACUUGGUUUUUCACAUGUCAAACAUUCUUGACACUGGGCUUGAUCGUCACACCCUCUCUGUUCUUAUUGCCCUCUGUGACCUGGGUCUGAACCCAGAGGCACUGGCUGCUGUUGUCAAGGAGUUUCAAAGGGAACCUCCUUCCUCCACCCCAAUGCCAACAGCUUCGUCAUCUAUACCGUAGACAGGUUUGUGCUGCUGCAAACUAUCAGAGAGGCAGGAGAUUCUUCUUCUUUUCUGUUUCUUUUUUCUUUUUCUUUUUUCUUCCCCUUUGCUAUGCCCUUGUAUAUACAAGGUUCGACAAAUGGAGGUGGUAGUUUGCAUCGUUAUAGCAAUUGCUAAUCUUUCACUUUUGUGGAUGUUCUUCUGUUUUGGUUUUCUUCAGUUUCCUUUACUUUGUUCAAUGCCCUUUUUUCUUUGUACUUUUUUUUUUUUAUAUAAAUAUUAUUGUAUGAAAUGGCCUUAGAUAUAGUUUAAUGGAGAAGAAGAAUUCAUGCACCCAACUCUAUUUGAUGA